GCUCCAGCAGCGCGAGCUCCCGGAGCAGUGGAGGAGCGCUAAGAGAAGCGGAGAGAUGAAGCCUCUGACUCUACAGGCGUUGGCGGUCACUCUGAUCGCCACAGUGAUUGCGGCAAAGUCCCCUUAUCAGUCAGUCCUUCAGCACAGCAGGAUAAGAGGAAGACAACAUGGCCCCAACGUUUGUGCUAUGCAGAGGAUCCAGGGAACAGAUAAGAAGUACUUCACUAACUGCAAGCAGUGGUACCACCGCAAAAUCUGCGGCAAACCAACAGUGGUCACCUACGAGUGCUGUCCAGGUUAUGAAAAGGUGAUUGGAGAGAAGGGCUGUCCUGCAGCUCUUCCUUUAGUGAACAUCUACAACACCCUUGGUGUGGUUGGAGCCACUACUACUAAGAUGUACUCUGAGAGAGCUAGCCUGCAGAAGGAGAUCGAGGGUCCUGGCAGUUUCACAUUUUUUUCCCCCAGCAAUGAAGCCUGGGCUGCCCUUCCAACUGAAAUUCUGGACGCCUUGGUGAGCAACGUCAACAUUGAGCUCCUCAAUGUAUUGCACUACCACAUGGUCAAUAAACGCUUGACGUCAGAAGACCUCAAGCAUGGUUCCUCAUUCCCCUCCAUGUACCAGGACUUUGAUGUUCAUAUCCAACAUUAUUCCAAUGGAAUUGUGACAGUGAACUGUGCAAGACUAGUGAAGACAGACCAGCAUGCCACUAAUGGAAUCGUGCACGUUGUUGACAGAGUGAUCACAGCUAUCACUAAUAAUGUUAACUCUUUCCUUGAUACUGAUGAAGAGUUGGAAUCACUACAGACUGCUAUUGCAGCUGCUGGUCUUACUGGUAUGUUGGAGAGCGAGGGUUCCUACACAAUCUUUGCUCCAACCAAUGAGGCCUUUAAGAAGAUUCCCCAAGAAAUGUUAGACAGAAUCUUGGGAGACCCUGUAGCUCUUAAAGAUUUGCUGAAUUACCACAUUCUCAAGAACUUGCACUGCUCGGAGUCUAUUGUGUCAGGAACACCUCUGGAAACUCUCCAGGGCACAGUACUGGAAGUGGGCUGUGAUGGACAAGAGAUUACCCUCAAUGGCAAAACCAUUGUUACAGAAAAGGACAAGCUUGGCACCAAUGGUGUUGUCCAUUACAUUAAUGAACUUCUCAUCCCUGACUCAGUUAAGACCCUUAAGGAACUUGCUGAGGGAGCUCCUCAGGUUUCCACAGCUACAAAGCUUUUCCUAGAUGCUGGUCUAGGUCCUCAACUUACUGGUUCAAAUGCAAUGACGUUGCUAGCACCACUAAAUGAUGCUUUCAAAGGCAGUUUGACUAUGACUCCUGAGUUAAGAAAAGUGAUGAGGAACCACAUUUUGAAGAACAAGUUCUCCUCAAAGAGUCUGUACCAUGGACAGGAGCUGGAAACCCUUGGGGGAAAUAAACUCAGAGUGUUUGUGUUCAGAAACAACCUUUGCAUAGAGAACGCUUGCAUCGCUGCCCACGACAAAAACGGCCGUUAUGCCACCAUGUUCAUCGUGGAUAAGGUCCUAGCUCCUCCCAUGGGCACCAUCAUGGAUGUUCUGAAGGCAGAUAGUCGUUUCAGCACAUUAGUUGACAACAUUCAGAAAGCAGGCUUGACUGAGCUGUUGAACAAAAAAGGGACCUACACCGUUUUUGCUCCUACCAACGAUGCAUUCCGUACCAUGCCCCCAGCUGACCUCAACAAACUUACAAGAGACCCCAAGGAACUGAUCAAACUUCUGAAGUACCACAUAGGCGAUGAGUUUCUCAUUAGUGGUGCAGUGACAUCUCAUACUAGAGUGAAGCCCCUCUCAGGAGAUAAACUGGAGCUAGGCAUGCGGAACUCCACUAUGUACGUCAAUAGGGUGCCAGUUGUUGAUGGUGACAUGAUGGCAACUAAUGGAGUUGUGCAUGCUGUUGGUUCAAUCAUAAAGCCGCUGCCUCCUAAAACUGUGAGUGACCAAGCAGUCGGCUCCUCAACAAGGCGUACCUCUGCUGUCAGAGCUGGCCCACAAGUCAUGAAAAACGACGAGCUCUUCCAGAAGGUCGUGAGCAGUCGGUCCAGCAAAACAAUGUCUCCAGUUCAGUAAACUCAGGGGUUUUGUGAAAAACUGAAUUAAUUCUAAUCUCCACCUCUUUAGGAAGACUGAAGUGCACAAUAAGUCAUCUUCUUAUAAGCAGUGAGGAGGUAACUAACUGAUUUGUAGGAAAACCAAGUCAACCAGGUAAACAUGGAGAGGUUAUACAUUUCAGCAUAUCUUUCUUUUUCGAAUGGCCAAGACCUUCACUGGGGUAAAAGCAAUCUUUUAGAGAACUGCAAACUGAAGACGGUAAUUAGCCAUGUAGCUUAAUGAGUUUUGAAUAUCUGUUAAUUUGACUUUUUUGUUCAUUUGAAUAUUUGUUAGUUUAAGUCUGAAUAGUACUCCAGGUCAGAUUUUGCAGAAUGUUAUUUGUUUUUGUUUAUUUUCUACUUUUUUUGUUUGGUUUGUUGUUUGAUAUAAAUGUAGCAUGUUUGCAUGGUUUAAGCUGGAACAAAAAUGCUAUUUGGGCACCUACCAGUGCAGGUCAGGUUUACAUCUUCAAAGUUUCUAUUUUCUCAUGGUGCAGAAGCUCAACAUAUGCAAAACACACAAUUUGUUUGUAACUUACUGUACUGAUGUUCGUUUGUACUUUGAGUUUGACGGAAGUCUCAUUUCCCUCAUGGAGGCUCCUGCUCAUCCACCCAGCAGACACUUCCACCAAGGUUAGUCACACUGAACAAAAACAAGAAAGGACAUUUUCAAUACAGUCUUCUUGUGGCUGUGUGAAAAUAUGUCCACAAUACUUUGUAAUACAAAACUGGUAUUUUUGCACAUGUUCAAAGUUAUAAACUUAAGGUACGGUUACAGCUAAAUGUCAUUAUUAUGGUUAGUUUCCUGCUUUAAUGGGUGGAUGAAUGGGGGCUCUCUGGGUGGUUAGAAGACAUCUGCUAAACUUAAGGAGCAGAUACUGAGCACUGUACUGAAGAUAUUUAGCGUGGAACCAAAGAACAAUAUUUACACAUUUCACAAUAAAAAUGAUGAUUUUUAACCACAGA